UGGGGCGGGCCGGGCCGCGUGGGGCGGGUUGCGGAGGGGACGCGAGCGUGCGCGGGCCAUGGGGCUCGCGGCUCUGCUGGCCGCGCUGCUGGCCGCGCUGCUGGCGCUCGGGCCCGGAGGUCCAGCGGGGCCCGCGGCGCUGGGGGACACGUUCUCGGCCCUGACGAGCGUGGCGCGCGCCCUGGCGCCCGAGCGCCGGCUGCUGGCGCUGCUGCGGCGCUACCUGCGCGGGGAGGAGGCGCGGCUCAGGGACCUGACCAGGUUUUAUGACAAGGUGCUUUCUUUGCAUGAAGACUCAGCAACCCCUGUGGCUAAUCCUCUGCUUGCAUUUACUCUCAUAAAACGCCUGCAGUCAGACUGGAGGAAUGUGGUACAUAGUCUGGAGGCCAGUGAGAACAUCCAAGCUCUAAAGGAUGGCUAUGAGAAAGUGGAGCAAGACCUUCCAGCCUUCGAGGACCUUGAAGGAGCAGCCAGGGCCUUGAUGCGAUUGCAGGACGUGUACAUGCUCAGUGUGAAGGGGCUGGCCCAAGGCGUCUUCCAGAGAGUCACAGGCUCUGCUGUCACUGACCUCUACAGUCCCAGACGGCUUUUCUCCCUCACAGCUGAUGACUGUUUCCAAGUUGGCAAGGUGGCCUAUGACAUGGGGGAUUAUUACCAUGCCAUUCCUUGGCUAGAGGAGGCUGUUAAUCUCUUCCGAGGGUCUUAUGGAGAGUGGAACACAGAGGAUGAGGCGAGUCUCGAAGAUGCCUUGGAUCAUUUGGCUUUUGCCUAUUUCCAGGCAGGAAAUGUGUCCUAUGCCCUCAGCCUGUCCCGAGAGUUUCUUCUUUAUAGUCCCGAUAAUAAGCGAAUGGCCAGAAAUGUCUUGAAAUAUGAAAAGCUCUUGGCUGAGAGCCCCAGUCAGAUGAUUCCUGUCAUGCAGAGACCCAACGUCCCCCACCUGCAGACCAGAGACACCUACGAGGGAUUGUGUCAGACCCUAGGUUCCCAGCCCACUCACUACCAGAUCCCUAGCCUCUACUGCUCCUAUGAGACCAACUCCAGUCCCUACCUGCUGCUCCAGCCUGUCCGGAAGGAGGUCAUCCACCUGGAGCCCUAUGUUGUCCUCUACCAUGACUUUGUCAGUGACCUGGAGGCUCAGAAAAUUAGGGGUCUUGCAGAACCAUGGCUGCAGAGAUCAGUCGUGGCAUCCGGCGAAAAGCAGUUACAAGUGGACUACCGCAUCAGCAAAAGUGCCUGGCUGAAGGACACCGUUGACCCAAUGCUGGUGACCCUUGACCACCGCAUUGCUGCCCUCACAGGCCUUGAUGUCCAGCCCCCGUAUGCAGAAUACCUCCAGGUGGUGAACUAUGGAAUCGGAGGACACUAUGAGCCCCACUUUGAUCAUGCUACGUCACCAAGCAGUCCUCUGUACAGAAUGAAGUCUGGAAACCGAGUUGCAACAUUUAUGAUCUAUCUGAGUGCAGUGGAGGCCGGAGGAGCCACAGCUUUCAUCUAUGCCAACUUUAGCAUGCCUGUGGUUAAGAAUGCAGCGCUGUUUUGGUGGAACCUGCACAGGAGUGGUGAAGGGGAUGGUGACACCCUUCAUGCUGGCUGUCCUGUCCUGGUGGGAGAUAAGUGGGUGGCCAAUAAGUGGAUACACGAGUAUGGACAGGAAUUCCGCAGACCCUGCAGUUCAAGCCCUGAAGAUUGAAAUGAUGACAGAGAGAAGCUGGUGAAGUCCUAUUGCUUUCCAGAUAUGCCAAAAGCUAGCAGAGAGGACGACAAAGGAGCGCAGUCUUCUAGAAGAGGGCUCUUGUCAGCAUGGGCUGUUCCUUGAAAAUGGGAGACAAAGUAGUCUUUACUAGGUGACAGCAGAGAAACAUUU